AUGCGCGUCAAGGCCGUUCUGUCUGCCUUUCUGGCGUCGGGCGUUGCGAGGGCAGCAACCUCGUCGAUCCUCUUUUCGGGCGGAACCAUCAUCGCCUUCAACAAAAGCAGCGAGUCCCUCGAGGUCAUCCGCAACGGCUCUGUGCUCGCCAGCGACGGCCGAAUUGCGAGUGUUUUCUCCAGCACUGCCGCGGCUUCAUUUCGCCUACCAGCCCACACCGAGCAUGCCAAUUCACCGCAUGGCUGGCAGACGUCGCUAAAGACGUUGGGCAGCAACACGUCGCUGGUCGAAUACUUUGGCACCUUCGCCUUUGUUGCGUCAACUGGCCUCGUGGCAGCCGACGACGUCGGCGCCCGUGUCUUCUGGAGCUAUGGCUUUCUCAACUCGGCCAACUUUCAGGUUCAAGAUCAGCUGGCCAGCUCCCGCAACAUUGCCACCCGGGCGCCAUUCAAGGGCACCGCCACGAACUUGGGCAUUGCCUAUGGCGGCUUUGGGCCGAACCCCAAUGUUGGCGACGCAGCUAAAGUAAUGGGACUGGCCAAGGAGUUCAACGUCUCUGUGGUAACCACCCACUCACUCCAGGGGCCGUGGGCAUACGAAAACAGCCCCGAGAACGUCCAUGCACUUGGAUACCUCGACACAUCCAUCCCAUUUAUCUUCUCUCACGCUAGCUUCCUCACGGCCACGGCCACGGGGGCGACCCUUUUGAGGCAGACCAAUCAGUUUGUCUCCAUCACGCCAGAGUCGGAGAUGCAUUACGGGCACACACAUCCUUACUCGCACCAAGCUGCCCUUGGCGUCGACACGCACUUCACGUUCUCGGCGGACAUCGUGACGCAGGCACGCUAUGGCUACAAGCGACCGUGGCAGGUGGCAAAGCGCAACUUCAAGAUUGCUGAAUCAGCAUUUCCCAAGUCUAGCAGCGGUUUUCUCGCAAGCGCCCGUCGCGUACAACAGGCCAUCAUCGAGCAGCCGUUCCUAGUGAUGAACGGUAAUUUUUUCAGCGGCUACGAACUUGCCUCGGCCGUGACGGAACUUGCCUCGGCCGUGGCGGAACUUGCCUCGGUCGUGACGGCGGACACUCCUCGGGGAGAGGGUGAUGAUUACGGCGAUUUUUUUCGUGCCUGAGCAUGUGU